GGGCUGCGAGCAGCGGGCAGCUCGGAGGGGAACGGCGGCGCUGAGGGGGUUGACGAAGGCGGCGGCGGCGGCUCGGCGCUCGUGGCUGUCGGCCUAGCUCGCGUCAGGGCGAGCGGUUCGGUUGGAAGCGGGCGCGCGGGGGCGGCGGCGGCAACGCGAGGCCUGCGGCCUAGGCCUCGGCGCGGCGGCGGGCUCGAUUGCGGCGCGGAGCCGGCCCCAGGGCCCCUGGCAGGGGCACCAUGAGCGUGGAGGCGUACGGACCCAGUUCGCAGACGCUCACUUUCCUGGACACCGAGGAGGCCGAGCUGCUCGGCGCCGACACUCAGGGCUCGGAGUUCGAGUUCACCGACUUCACCCUCCCCAGCCAGACACAGACGCCCCCCGGCGGCCCCGGCGGCCCUGGCGGUGGUGGCGCUGGGGUCCCGGGCGGCGCGGGCGCGGGCGGCGCUGCCGGACAGCUCGACGCACAGGUGGGACCUGAGGGCAUCCUGCAGAAUGGGGCUGUGGACGACAGCGUGGCCAAGACCAGCCAGCUGCUGGCCGAGCUGAACUUUGAGGAGGACGAAGAGGACACCUAUUACACGAAGGACCUCCCCAUCCAUGCCUGCAGUUACUGUGGCAUCCAUGACCCUGCCUGCGUGGUCUACUGCAACACCAGCAAGAAGUGGUUCUGCAAUGGCCGCGGGAACACCUCUGGCAGCCACAUUGUAAAUCACCUUGUGAGGGCAAAAUGCAAGGAGGUGACCCUGCACAAGGACGGGCCGCUAGGGGAGACAGUACUGGAGUGCUACAACUGCGGCUGCCGCAAUGUCUUCCUGCUCGGCUUCAUCCCUGCCAAGGCCGACUCGGUCGUGGUGCUGCUGUGCCGGCAGCCCUGCGCGAGUCAGAGUAGCCUCAAGGACAUCAACUGGGACAGCUCACAGUGGCAGCCCCUGAUCCAGGACCGCUGCUUCCUCUCCUGGCUGGUCAAGAUCCCUUCGGAGCAGGAGCAGCUGCGGGCACGGCAGAUAACGGCCCAGCAGAUCAACAAACUGGAGGAGCUCUGGAAGGAAAACCCCUCAGCCACCCUGGAAGACCUGGAGAAGCCAGGUGUGGACGAGGAGCCACAACAUGUGCUUCUGCGCUAUGAGGACGCCUACCAGUACCAGAAUAUUUUUGGGCCACUGGUCAAGCUGGAGGCAGACUAUGACAAGAAGCUGAAGGAGUCACAGACACAGGACAACAUCACAGUCAGGUGGGACCUGGGCCUUAACAAGAAGAGAAUCGCCUAUUUCACCUUGCCCAAGACUGACUCUGACAUGCGGCUCAUGCAGGGGGAUGAGAUCUGCCUGCGCUACAAAGGGGACCUUGCACCCCUGUGGAAGGGCAUCGGCCAUGUCAUCAAGGUCCCCGACACAAACUUAACUCAGCGCCCAGAUUAUGGUGAUGAGAUCGCCAUUGAGCUCCGAAGCAGUGUGGGAGCACCUGUGGAGGUGACGCACAACUUCCAGGUGGACUUUGUGUGGAAGUCCACCUCCUUCGACAGGAUGCAGAGCGCGCUAAAGACCUUCGCCGUGGAUGAGACCUCCGUGUCUGGCUACAUCUACCACAAGCUGCUGGGCCAUGAGGUGGAGGACGUGAUUGUCAAGUGUCAGCUGCCCAAGCGCUUUACGGCUCAAGGGCUCCCCGAUCUCAACCACUCCCAGGUGUACGCCGUUAAGACUGUGCUGCAGCGGCCACUGAGCCUCAUCCAAGGCCCACCUGGCACAGGCAAGACGGUGACCUCUGCCACCAUCGUGUACCACCUGGCCCGGCAGGGCAACGGGCCUGUGCUCGUGUGUGCGCCAAGCAACAUUGCCGUGGAUCAGCUGACGGAGAAGAUCCACCAGACGGGGCUCAAGGUCGUGCGUCUCUGUGCCAAGAGCCGUGAGGCCAUCGACUCACCCGUGUCCUUCCUGGCCCUGCACAACCAGAUCAGGAACAUGGACAGCAUGCCGGAACUGCAGAAGCUACAGCAGCUGAAGGAUGAGACUGGAGAGCUGUCAUCUGCCGACGAGAAGCGGUACCGGGCCCUCAAGCGCACAGCCGAGAGGGAGCUGCUCAUGAAUGCUGAUGUCAUCUGUUGCACCUGCGUGGGUGCGGGCGACCCACGGCUUGCCAAGAUGCAGUUUCGUUCCAUCCUGAUUGAUGAGAGUACCCAGGCCACGGAGCCUGAGUGCAUGGUUCCCGUGGUGCUGGGGGCCAAGCAGCUCAUCCUGGUGGGUGACCACUGCCAGCUGGGCCCAGUGGUGAUGUGCAAGAAGGCAGCCAAGGCUGGGCUAUCGCAGUCCCUGUUCGAGCGCCUGGUGGUGCUGGGCAUCCGCCCCAUCCGCCUGCAGGUCCAGUACCGCAUGCACCCCGCACUCAGCGCCUUCCCCUCCAACAUCUUCUACGAGGGCUCGCUGCAGAAUGGCGUCACUGCAGCCGACCGGGUGAAGAAGGGUUUUGACUUCCAGUGGCCCCAACCUGACAAGCCCAUGUUCUUCUACGUGACCCAGGGCCAGGAAGAGAUCGCCAGCUCGGGCACGUCCUACCUGAACAGGACAGAGGCUGCCAAUGUGGAGAAGAUCACCACGAAGCUGCUCAAGGCUGGUGCUAAGCCCGACCAAAUCGGUAUCAUCACACCCUAUGAGGGCCAGCGCUCCUACCUGGUGCAGUACAUGCAGUUCAGCGGCUCACUGCACACCAAGCUCUACCAGGAGGUGGAGAUUGCCAGCGUGGACGCCUUCCAGGGCCGCGAGAAGGACUUCAUCAUCCUGUCUUGUGUGCGGGCCAAUGAGCACCAGGGCAUUGGCUUCCUCAAUGACCCCCGGCGGCUCAAUGUGGCCCUGACCAGAGCUCGGUACGGCGUGAUCAUCGUGGGCAACCCGAAGGCACUGUCAAAGCAGCCGCUAUGGAAUCACCUGCUCAACUACUACAAGGAGCAGAAGGUGCUAGUGGAGGGGCCGCUCAACAACCUGCGCGAGAGCCUCAUGCAGUUUAGCAAGCCACGCAAGCUGGUCAACACCAUCAACCCGGGCGCCCGCUUCAUGACAACAGCUAUGUAUGACGCACGCGAAGCUAUCAUCCCUGGCUCCGUGUAUGAUCGCAGCAGCCAGGGCCGGCCGUCCAGCAUGUACUUCCAGACCCACGACCAGAUUGGGAUGAUCAGCGCAGGCCCGAGCCACGUGGCCGCCAUGAACAUCCCCAUUCCCUUCAACCUGGUUAUGCCGCCCAUGCCGCCACCUGGCUACUUUGGACAGGCCAACGGGCCAGCUGCAGGCCGGGGUGCCCCGAAGAGCAAGGCCGGCCGGGGUGGGCGUCAGAAGAACCGCUUUGGGCUGCCAGGACCCAGUCAGGGCACUCUGCCCAGCAGCCAGGCCAGCCAGGACGUGUCGUCACAGCCCUUCUCCCAGGGCGCGCUCACACAGGGCUACAUCUCCAUGAGCCAGCCGUCGCAGAUGAGCCAGCCUGGCCUGUCACAGCCCGAGCUGUCGCAGGACAGUUACCUGGGUGACGAGUUUAAGUCCCAGAUCGAUGUGGCGCUGUCGCAGGACUCCACGUACCAGGGGGAGCGAGCCUACCAGCACGGCGGUGUGACAGGGCUAUCCCAGUACUAGAAGGUGGCGGCGGGAGAGCUAAGCGCCGUGGCUUAGUGCGUCAGCGUCCUACUCUGGGUAAUAAAAAUAAAAAUAAAGGAUACCUGUUUUCCACUGCUAAAACUGAGGCACCACUGUGUGAGCGGCAGGAGGGGCAGCAGCCAAGGGAGAGCCGGCAGCGAGGCCCCUGCGGGCACGCGGCAGCGGCGGCGAAGGCGACGGCGACGGUGGCACGAGGAGGAGAAGGGAGAGGCGACGGAGGUGGCGGCCAGGAGCCCCACCUGGAGGCCCGGCUUGCUGCGCCCCGGGCCGCGGCUGGCGGAGGCGAAGACCCUGUCUCAGAGUAGCCCUGCCCCGGUUCCUUCUCUCUCUUACCGAAGGGGACUACGUUUCCCAGGGGACAUCGUGGCGGCUCCGGACUGGCCGGGCCGGCCUGCGUCCCUAGGUUUCACUUAAAGAAAACAUGGUGUUUUGGGUUUUUCUGGUUUUUUUUUUUUUUUUGGUUUUUUUUUUUUUUAAAGAUUUUUUCAAAGAAGUACUGAGAAAUACUUUUCUAAGUUUGUCUCUAAGAUCCUAGCGGCAGACCUGGGAGCGGCUGGCAGCCUUGCAUCCCAGGCCCGGCACUGGAGCACGGAGGAGGAGCGCGGAUGGGGCGCUGCCCGAGGACUCAGAAGCCGUGGACACUGCGCACCCUGGGCCGGGAUCCGCAGGGCAGGAGGGCAUGGCCCGGACGGCUCUGUUCGCAGGAGGCAGACAAAGCUGGUGGUGGAGCAGGGCUGCCCGUCCCGCAGGCACCUAGAAGGAAGCGGGCAGGGCCAGCGGCACGGCCCUGCCUCCCCACCCUGCAGCCUCCAUCAGGCUGACUUGGACGCCAGGCCAGGGCGCGGCGCCCCCAUCGCAGGCUUCAGCCCCAAGUUCUUCAGGGGCCAGCAGUGGCCAAACUGCCCGCCUACCCGCUUUGCCUCUGCUUGGCCCUGUGCUUUGCCCCCCACCGUCCGGCAGCAGUCAAGCAUCCAUACCAAGGCAAUGUAAUUUGAUUUUUGGUCAAUAUGUUUUAAGCUCUUUUGUCACCAAUAAAAUCUUAAUAAACA